AUGAGCAGUUUUGCACUAGUAUCUAUAGAAAAAGAUUACAAAAUUGAUGUAUCUGAAGGGAAAGUUACUGUUGGACGAGGACCUUUCUUGAAGGCGAGUUUUUUACAACAAGUAUACCCUUGCCAUUUUUUGCUUGUUCACAUUUUGCAGGCAAACUCCGAUACAAAAUCGUGAUUCCACAAUGCUGUCACAAUAAUGAAUCUAACUUCCGAGCUUUUAGUGAUUUUUGCAUGCCUGAAAAAUGUAAACAAGGCAAGGCUCUACUGUGGUACAUUUUUCAUCAGUUUGUUGUUUAUAUGUUGUUGUUUACUUUAAGAUUUGUUUGUUUAGAUAAAAGAUAAACGUGUUUCAAGAAACCACGCAACUCUUGAAGUGUGCGAUGGCUCACUCACUGUCCUUCCUGUAAGUUUGUUGAAAUCUGCAGCAAAUAAUCACAACUUUAAAUUCUAAUUAGUCACUUAGCAACCAUAAUUAAUUAGAAUGUUUUCCAAAGUCAGUAUGAACUGAUAGCAACUUCACCCCCAAGGUUUUUGCUUAGUGCUUCUCCAAUGGGAUACCCACAAAAAAGCCUUGGGUUCCACUAUCACAUCAUUUAAAUAAAGUUGCAAGACCCAGAGAGGGGGACGUGUAUAACAUUGUUAUAGAACCCCAAAUUUAAUAACUAAAAUCAUAAAUUGUUGAAAUCCAAAUUUUUUUUAUUUUUCACUUUCUGAAUAUUUACAGUCGGCGGAUCCAUAAACCAAUAUAAUGAAUAAAAAAAGUCUCGCCUUAAAAGUUCCAUAAAUUGUGAAAGUGGGUGCUAGUGAUUGUAAGAGGUGCUCACUCCCCUGAAACCCAAACCUAGAUCACCCAAAAGGCAAAAGCUAGUGCAGCCCAUCUGUUGUAACACAAUUAAUGUACUCUCCCUCCCAAAAUACAUAAUAUGUUCAAUAUUCAUCAUUUGUCAGCCAGCAGAAAAUCAUACAUAAGAGACUUGACAUAUCUUUUCUAGAUUCACACCAAUCCUACUUUUUACCGAGCAUGUGGAGAAAGCAAAUUUGAGCCAUUAGAAAAAGAUGAAUUGAAGAAACUUGAGAAUGGUGACUGUAUUUCAUUCUUGCCAAAUGAUCUCACAUUUAGAGUAGAAAGGAAGAGUACUGAAGAUACAACUGCCGAGGAAGCCCUUGAGCAUGAGGCUGCCCUUGAGCAUGAAGCUGCAGAGGUUUCUGGUCCAAAGGAUGGUAAUGUACAAUGUAGUAGUGAAGUUUUGGAAGAUAAUAAUGGUAAAGAUAAGGUUUCAAAUGUAGAAGAUACCAAUGUAGAAAUUAAUAAAGAAAGUGAAGGCUUGGCUGUUUUGACAAGAAACACUGAGUUGGAUGACGAGGAAGAAGAUUAUGUGGAUGACGAGGAGGAAGAAGAUGAUCAUAAAGUUGACAGAACAGAGAUUGAAGAGACAGCUCAGCCUCUGAACAAGACAAGAGUUUUGCCAAGUUGGAUGACAAAAAACAAAGGCUAGUUCAUUAGUUUUGCAAAGAGAAUUAAAGCCAUCACUGCAACAAACUUUCAUUUCUGUCUGUAAUUUCUUCAUAUUUCAAUCUGUUUCUAACAUAGACUUAUUGUUAUAUAAUUGAAUGCUCUAUACAGGGAAUGAAGCUAAGGACAGUUCCAAGAAAGGUUAGUAAUAUAAUAAUAAUAUAAUAAUAGUAAUAUAAUAAUAGUAAUAAUAGUAAUAUAAUAAUAGUAAUAAUAGUAAUAAUAGUAACAUAAUAAUAUAAUAAUAGUAAUAUAUUAAUAGUAAUAUAAUAAUAUAUAGACGAAUUAUUUUUGAAAGAGCUUUCUUUUGUUUUAAUUCUCUGUGUAAUUGUUUUUUUAAUUCGCUAAUUUCUCCAUUGAGUAUUGUAUUAUACAUAUUAUUACACUCUGAUGCCCAAAUUAUUCUUUCAUUUCGUAACUGGUUCCAGUGAAUGACUUAGUUUAUUAAUCUUCAGGCAAAACUACUAAAAAGAACGUGAAGAAAGUUGUGAGUGAAGUAGUAGUCAAGAAUGAUUUAGUUGAGUCGCCUGGCAAAACAAAAGAAAGUUUGAAAGAAAAUGAAAACAAAACAAGUGGUGGAAAUGAUAUCGAGUCAGAUCAAGAAAAUACUGAGCAAGAAGAUGCUUCAGUUAAAACAGAAGAACGCGCAGUCGUUGAGGUAGGAAGAUGUUGGUAAAAAGAAGCAGCUCAUAUUUCUACACAUUGUUUACGAAAUAAAUAACUCCGACUUUAGGAAGAAGAUAAAAAGAGAAAACGAGAUGAAAGUGAAGAUGAGGGACAGUCGAGUAAAAGAGAAAAGAAAUUACCACGUUGUCCGUAUGGUAGCCGUUGCUACAGGUACGUUGAAGUUCUGCUUGUAGUUCUCUUGUAUCUCUCGCGAUCCCCAGUCAUGUGUCAUACAAUUCAUUCAUUCUUUUUAUUCACCACAAUAGUAAAUAGAUAAAUAUUAGGUACAAAAUAUAUACAAGUGGCGAGGAAGCAUCCAGAAACCUAAAGGCUUAUAGAUUAUAUUGAAUGGUCAGCAUCAUUUGAAGGAAAGAAACCGUAAACAAUUCUAGUCAGAUAUAUGAUUUAUUUAUUUAGAUAUUUUUUUAUUUACAAGAUUCGCCACACGUAACAAAACAAUUAUACACUUGUACGACCAGACCCAAAAAACAUAUAAUACGUAUUGGCAGAUAGUCUUCAAUAACGGGGUCCGUACAGUUCAUGUUUUUAGUGGCAUGAAGUCUAAGCAUGGAAGACCAACAUACUGUACAGUAUUAGGACGAUAAAUAUCAAACAUGGAGAAGUGUUAUAUAAGUAUGGUAGAAAAGCUCAAUUUCUUUUCUAGAAAGAAUUCCAUUCAUUUCCAAGAAUACUCUCACGAGGAGGAAAGCGACACAAGAGUGUCCUUAUGGUGAAUAUUGUUAUAGAAAGAACCCACGACAUCGCAGAGAGUACAAACACACACCACGUGAGUCACUCGUUGUAGAUUGUAACAUUUUGAGACCGUCACUAAUGUGAAUUUAUCGAUAUAAAUUUUUUUUAUUUAUUGUUCUAAUAGAACCGAAAACCCGAGAAAGAAAGGCAAAAAAGAAAGCUGGUGGGUAUUUAGUAGCGGGAUUGCCGUGAUCUAUGCUAAAGACGGGUGAUCCACGCGUCUGGAUGAACUUGCGCAGAACUGUGUAGUUCAUCUUCCUAUAUUUGCGUAGUUUGUCUGCGCAGACGAACUUGCUUGCGAAAUUCGUCUUGAAUAUUGAUGGAUACGUCUGAAACUGAAUCAGUUUCUUAAACCUGCCUUAACUUUUCCUAGGCACCGGAAAAAUCCGAGAUGAUGACGAAGAUGGUCCGAAUGAUUACGACUUCGAAGAUAGUUUUAUUGAUGAUGAAAGUGAGAGUAACCAUGAAGCAUCAGAUGAAAGCGACUGGCGACCAUCCGGUGAUGAUAAUGAUGACGAUGAAGAUGGCGAUGAUGAUGAUGUUGGUGAAUUACUGACUGAGGCAAGAAAUUUCACUAAGAAUAAGAAAAUGUUGAAGCCAACGUAA